ACGUACCUAGUCCGCGACGUUGUUGGGCUCGCUUACGUCAUCACCAGCCGACGGAUUUUCGAUGUAAACAUUCGAGAGCUUCUCCGGGAGAAACUAAACUCAUGAUGGAGAAUCUUGUGAAGGUUCAUGGUUCAGGAGAUUAUGACUCAGACUUCAGUGAUGAAGAUCAACCAGGAGAAUCCUCAGAAGGAGCUCGCAAAAGGAAACAUGAGAAGGAACUUCUGCAGAAGCCUUUCCAGAAAGGUCAACAUUCAAAGGUGGCUCACCGCAGUUUACACUCAAGUGAAGUGGACAGAGAAGAAGCCAUGAACCGAAGAGCCCACCUGAUAUCUAUGAACGCCUUUGAGCGGCAUAAGAAGUUUGUCGGCGACUACAUACUGUACUACGGCGGACAGAUGGCGGACUUCAAACGCUCUGCGGUGAAAGAUAAAACAGAUCUGGACGUUCUGCGUGAAAACCAUCGCUUCCUCUGGCGGGACGAGGACGAAGACGACAUGACAUGGGAGAAGGAACUGGCCAAGAAGUAUUACGACAAACUCUUCAAGGAGUACUGCAUCGCAGACCUCAGCAGAUACAAGGAAAACAAGUUUGGGUUUCGAUGGCGAACGGAGAAUGAAGUCGUCUCUGGUAAAGGUCAGUUCCAGUGUGGACACAAGCGCUGUGAAAAAGACGAGGGCCUAAAAAGCUGGGAAGUCAAUUUUGCUUACGUUGAACACGGCGAAAAGAGGAACGCUUUGGUGAAACUAAGACUAUGCCCCGAAUGUUCUUUCAAACUCAACUUCCAUCACAAGAGGAAGGAAGUUAAGGCGAAGAGCAAAAACAAGGUGUCGCAGGAGAACCAGGAGCCUGUGAAGAAGAAAAAGAAGAGGAGGAAAUCAUCAUCAUCUCAUUCCAAGAAGCACAAACACAAGAAGCGCAGAGAUCACUCCAGCACUUCCAGCAGCUCUGAGUCACAAAACUCAGAAAAAGAAGACAGCGAUGGUGAGCCAGAGGGCCAAUCAGAGUCUGACCACUGGCGUGGACCCGCCCCAGCAGUGGAGGAGAAGUCCAGGGAGGAAGAGUUUGACGACUACUUUGAAGACAUGUUUCUUUGAAUCUGCUGGAAUCAGAGGCAAUCCUGCUGUGGCUUCACUUCUCCUUUAUUCUUCCUUUUUUUUUUCUUAAACCCCAAUAAUGUUUACUAAAUUCAUCCCUGUGUGAACCUAAAAACACAAUUCUUGUAGCUGAAAAAGUUAUGUUUACAUGUUGAUGUAAUAAAGUUUCCACUAGUUUGGGUAAAUUCAAAUU